AUGUCUAAUUUGGAAUCUGAUUUUGCGGCCAUGAAAGAGCAGAGAGAUCAAUUCGAGCAGUCCUUACAAGAGAGCAAUUAUACUUUGCAGAUAGUAAUUAAGUCAAUUGAUACUGUGGCCGUUACUGUUGAUGCAAUGUUAGAGGAUCCUGUGGAAAAGGUAAAAUGGCUUUUGCAGUGUUAUCAUGAUUUUCAAGUUGCCAAGUCUCGUGCGGAACAAGAGUUAGAAACAGUAAACCAGGAAAACAUUUCAAUGUCCAGCAAAUUGGAAGAGGCAGAUGCAACUAUUAAAUCACUGGAAGAUGAAUUAUCGAAGUGUAGUGAAGAUCUCUCUCUUCUAACACAAGCAAAGCAAGACAUCGAAGUCAGCAAGGCCUAUGUUGAGGAGGAGUUAGAAAAAUCAAAAGAAGAGUCUGGACUUAAAGCUACAAAAUUCACAGAGGAUGCUGCAGAAAACGAGUUAGAGAAGGCAAAAGCAGGAGUGGAAUCUCAAGUUAGUGAGUUAGCAGAGGCGACCCAAACCAUAAAAUCACUUGAAGAAGCACUAUCAACUGCAAAGAGCAGAAUCUCUAUUUUUGCUGAGGAGAAGGCUGCUUCAGAGGCAAACCAAACUGUAAGAUCACUUGAAGAAGCAUUAUCAUCUGCGGAGAGUAGAAUUUCUAUCCUUGCUAAGGAAAAGGCUGCUGCAGAGUUACAUAUAACUAAUGCGGAAAACGAGCUAGAGAAGGCAAAAGCAGGAGUAGAUUCUCAAGCUAGUGAGUUAGCAGAGGCGAACCGAAGUAUAAAAUCACUUGAAGAUGCUCUAUCUCGGGUGGAAAAGCAUGCCUCCGUGCUUUCUAAAGAACUGAACGAUUCCCAUGUUGCUAGAGAUCUCUUGGAGAAGGAGCUAGAGGAAGCAAAAACUGAAGCCAGCAUUCAAGCUAGCAAGGUAUCAGAUGCAUACGCAACAAUAAAAUCACUGGAAGAUGCAUUAGCAAAUGCAGAGAAUGACAUUGCGGUGCUUGUCAAUGAAAAGAGAAAUACUGAACAGGAAAUAGCAACACUUAAUGCAAAGUUAAGUUCCUCAGUGGAAGAAUUGGCUGGAACUCGUGGAGUCUCAAAAGGGCAGUCUUUGGAGCUACUAGAGCACCCCAAUCAUCUGGAAAUGUUAAUGAAAGAUAGCGGGCUUCUCUUUUUUAUUAACACGAGGCUUUAA